AAUAUGUUUACCAAUUUCUAAACGCAAAUGAACGUGAGUUAUCAUUCUCCUUCUUAGUUGCUAAAAUUUAGUUUUUUAAUAUUAUUUUCAAUGGCUGAUAACGACUACGAACAUAAAAGAGCUCAUAGACAUCAUCACCAUCAUCAUCGACACCAUCAUCGCCAUAAACGACACAAAGUCAGAUCGCACGCAGAUGAGCCGGAAGAAGAGCUUUACAGACACAAAAAGUUGUGUAUAGAUGAAGUCGUUGAAGAGUCUUAUAGGCACAAAAGGUCGUAUGCAGUUGAGCCUGAAGAAGAACCACGCAGGAAUAAAAAGUCUUAUGCAGAUGAGCUCGAAGAAGAACCUCGCAGGCAUAAAAAGUACUACGGAGAUGAACCUGAAGAAGAACCUCGCAGGCAUAAAAAGUCCUAUGCAGAUGAGUCAGAAGAAGAACCUCGUAGGCAUAAAAAGUUGUAUGCAGAUGAGCCUGAAGAAGAACCUCGUAGGCAUAAAAAGUAUCGUGCUGAAGAGCCCGAUGAAGACCCAUUGAAACAUAGAAAGCACCGCUAUGAAGAGUUAGAUGUAAAACGAGAGAUACCUAAACAAUAUUUACCAGUAAAGUCUGACGAUGAAUCAGAUGGGCAUAAAAGGAAUCUAUCAGAUGAGUCCGAUGACGAAUCCAGUGGGCAUAAAAAUCCUCGCUCUAGGUCAAAGGAGAAAGAAAAGGAUAAAAUUAAGGAAGAAAAGCACAAGAAAGAGGACAAAAGCAAGAUCAGAGAAGCUGCAAAUGACGAUGGAGUGAAAGUUGAAGAAAAGGAAAAAGAGAGAAAAAAGGAAAAGCACAAAGAAAAGAAAAAGAAAAAAGAAAAGAAGGAGCGGAGUCGGUGGCAGGAUUCAGAUGAGAAUCAAAGAAAUCCUGCGCAGAUCAAACAGGAGCCUGGAGUUCCUGAGCCUCCAGGAAAUUCUAACUUGAGCAAAUUUGAAGAAAAGUCUGGCAAGCUUGCAGAGGACACUAACACGUACAAUGGUGUUGUUAUCAAGUACUCCGAGCCGCCAGAAGCGCGGAAACCAAAAAGAAGGUGGCGUCUAUACCCGUUCAAAGGUGACCAGAGCCUUCCGAUUCUUCACAUUCACCGUCAGUCUGCAUUCCUUCUUGGCCGUGAGCGUCGUGUCUGUGAUAUUCCAAUUGAUCAUCCCUCGUGUUCCAAGCAACAUGCUGCACUUCAGUAUCGCUUAGUACCAUUCACUCGCGUGGAUGGAAGACGUGCACAGCGGAUUCGUUUGUACAUUAUUGAUUUAGAAUCGGCUAAUGGAACUUAUGUGAACAAUCAGAGGAUAGAGCCGAAGAAGUAUGUUGAACUGCUUGAAAAGGAUGUUAUCAAGUUUGGUUUCAGCAGUCGAGAGUAUGUACUGCUUCAUGAACAUAGUCAAGAUUCUGAGGAUGAUGAUGACGCGAGAUAAGUAAGGUUUAUUUUUAACUAAAACAUAAGACUGAUGGAAAACGCUGGCUCCAGGUAUGCAUCCCCCUCAGAAAAGUGUGAUCUAUUCUUGAGGCCCCUCUUGAGCCAGAUGAAAAAAAAAAAUUAUUUUUACAGAUCAUCGAUGAACCAGUUAUUUUAUGGUUUGUGUAAGUGCUACGUUUACUAACUUGAGUGAAAAAGUAUCAUCCAAUAUGUUGACAAUCUUUGCAUCCUGGUCACUAAUCCUUUUUAGAAGGACUGUACAAUUCUUGCAGAGUGUUGAACACAGAGGAGAGUAUAGAACCCUUUUUUAUUUUUUUAUUCUAUUUGUAAAAGAGGCGCUCACAUCAAUCAGAAAAAACAACUCAAAUGUUCAUACCGUAAACCUAGUAAAAAUGGAACGAAGUUAUAUUGGACAAAAACAAUUUUUGCUCAGCAGCAGGAUGAAAUCACUUUUAUGUUAGUCUGAUUGAUAUUUAAUCUUUACAAUAUCAGACUUAUGAGUUUCUGUCUCAUGACACAACUCAGGUGUAAGUCAUUUUGAUUUAUAGAGAAAGGGAUUGAUAGGGUUUAUAGAGCAAGAAAAAACAUGGAAUUCAGAAAAAUCAAUCCUGUAACAAAGACUCAUAGCGCUUGUUUUUUUUUAGUAUUAUACUUAUCGCAAAGAGUAACAUUUUAGUCCUUGUUCAAAUGCAAGUGACUUUCAAUGUAUGAUGAAAAUCACUGCUACGCAACAAGACAAAAUCAACAAACUAAAAACGGGAAAGCAAGUAAAGUAACUUCAGUAGGAACGUUGGUGCAAAUCUUGUUUCUUUUCUACAUCAGAUUAACAUCAAUUGCAAAAAAUAAUCCUUCCAACCUUCACAAUUUUUUUCUUGAAAUUUCGAAGUCUAAUUUUCCAUAAUUUGCCCUGCCUGUCGUUGCAACAAAAAUUCACUAUCAAACCUCAAAUAUUUUAUUUUCUUUAUUUACAUUUAAAAUAUUUCUUUAUUUAGUCUUGCGUUUUUCUUCUUUUCCUAAAUAGCGACUAAAAUUUGUCUGAGAUCUCCUAUAAAUUCUGAAGGAAUUUUCAAAGAAUAAUGAGAUGCGCAUCCCCUUAUCCUCACUUGUUAAAUUUUCAUUUUAAUAUUAAAUGAAACCCUCUUCGUAGAGCUGAAUGAAAUCUUAACUUGGGAAGAGUUCCCUUCCGCAUUUCCUCCUCUUAUGCAUCAUUCAAAGUUAAAACCUUUUCUCAACCCAGGGUCAGAGAAAUUAUCUCCAUCAAGUUUUUCAAAAUUACCAAAAAUUGUUAAAUGAAAAAUACAACCCGUAUAUUUCAUGUAACAGUUCAAAGCAUUUAUUAUACAAUUUUCCUUUUUCGAGGAUUAAAAUAUUUAUACCUACUUGCUCAUUUUUGUAAACCAAAGAGGGCAAGGAAUAUUAAUUUAUAGUAUUUUUCAAUCAUUAGCAAAUCAAUGCUGUCCUUCAAGAGGUUUUUAUUUCCUUUGGACUUUGUUUGUACUUAGAAAUCUAUAGCCUUUUUUGUUUCUCAUGAACAUUUUCCGAAAAUAAAUGCCUUUUGUUUUUUA